CGGGCGGAGGAAUGAGGAAGUGUUCUUACAAGUGUCCGUUACUCUCGACGGCAUGGAGGUGAAAAGUCAGCAUAGACAGAACCAAGUCUCGACCAAGCCUCCCGAGGGGACCGUUGAGGCAUCCGUGCAGGGGAAGCAGGAGACUCUGUCGGAGCUGCAGAAUCACCAGGGCAAAGAGGUGGUAGUUUCUCAGGAAGCAGAGGCCACACCCUCAGACAACAACGCUAAGGAUAGCAAGCCACCUUCCGUCACCGGCGACAUCGCAGACGUCAAACUAGACUCUUCAGACACAGCCUCAACUUCAGACACAGCCUCAACUUGUGACACAGCUGACGAGUUUGCUGCCAACGAAGACAGGGACGUCAGCGCGCUAGAGUGUGAGCUACCAAAGGGUCAAGACAAGACUUCCGAGGAGACAGUCAAGACGGAGCUGCCAGAGAAACCAGAGCUGGAGAAUGACAAGAUCAAUGUUUCUCAGGAAAAAGAGCCGGACGCACCAUCGGACAACAGCGGCAAGGACAGCUCACCACCAGCCGCUACCGGUGACGCCGCAGACGUCAAAGCAGAGUCUUCAACAAGCUCGGCAUCCGGCCUACCAGCCACAGCUCCAGAUACAGCAGACAAACGCCCUGCUGCCGGAGAAGGCGAUGUCCCAGAGCGCUAUCCUCCAGUUGUCCGUGGAGAAGAGACGGAAGCACCCGACAACAGCGGCGCGGAUACAGACAGUCAGACGACAACGUCUACUCAAGGAGGAGGAGCGUCUCUUACAACAACAACCCCAUCGCCCAAACACGAGGACGCAGAAGAUCCUCAGUAUGAAGAGGCCAAGUCGUUAGUGAACAAGCUGUGGGCAGAGCUCAAGCUUGAGAGAGACUAUGCAGAAAAGCUUCUCGCUCAUGCCGACUCCCUUCGAUGCAGACUCGCCACUACCGCCCCGCAUGUUCUCCGGUACCCAGUUAUCAAGAACAUCAUCGCUGCCGUGCCCGAUCGCACAACUUACGAGUUACCCGACACACAAGGACUGAGUUUGGAGAAGCUGCAAGGCAUCCAGAAGACCCUCACCAAGUCGGUACAAGAUGAGAAGGAACGCGCGACCUACAUCAAGCGCUGGUUCUGGGAAGAACUGAUCCGAGUGGCUCUGAAAGAGGCGCCUGGGGUAUUUGGGCCAGAGGACUGAUAUGACAAUGUUGUACUAUACAAUUGUAAAAUGAAUUUAUUGGGGUUUAAACAUUCACUGGGGUUUAAAAUAAGCAAGCGUUUUAUGUCACAAUGUUAUCCGUUAAUCAACACGUCGUUUUAUCACCAAGAAGGUCCGCUCUGAAUCUUCAACUGACCCAGCUGAAAUCUUGGGCUGAUGCUUAAAAGGUCUGAGGGACCUGCACUUUGGGCACUUUUCGCCAGGUGAUCUUGAAAAAAACACACAUUUUGUUUCUUGUUUAUCUACACGAUAACAGAUGUAAACAACAUGCGAAUCGUACACAAUUCUUCGACUGUACGGAAGUUUUACCAUACAUCCCUUGGCCUGGAUCCGGAGUUCAAUGUUU